GACCACUUUAUAUGACUGCAUAUGAAUUCAAAAGAGUUGGAAGAACUCAUGUAGCACUAAAAAGUGGGAUUUCUUUAGAACAUUUGGAUAAGCUUCGUGAGCACAUAAAAUGUCAUACAAUUUCAACUUUCUAUACGAGCAAAUAUAUGUAUAAGAGUGGAGUCUCUCCUAUUCUUCAUCGCUAUGGCCUUACUAAACGUUGUGUAUCUGGAAAUAUUGAGGAAUUUAUGCUUGUAAUACAAUAUGCAGAAGACAAUUCUACAACACAUAAAUUAUAUGGUGUAUUACCAUUUGUAGCACCAGAAAUUUUUACAAAAAAACAGUUCAAUCCUAAGUCUGAUGUAUAUAGUUUUGGAAUUAUUAUGUGGAUGUUUACUUCCGGAA